AUGGCUGCCAUACUCUGUGAAAAUUGUUCUGGUCAGUACCACUACACCCAGGUCAACCAACCUCUUGAAAUCAGCUGCUUGUUGCUCCUGAUUAUGCUCGGAAAAGUGUUCCUUGAUUUCGUCAUGUUGCAAGUUAAGCAAAAAAAUGUAAAAGUUAGUUUUAUGGGAUAUUUUUGCAUUUCACUGGCACUUCUCGAUUUCACACUGCUGAUGAGUAUAUCUUUCACUUUCUAUUUUGAGGACUUUGCGCUCUGGGGGAUGCGAUUUACAAAGUACCACAUUUGCCUGUUCACUCAGAUAAUUUCUCUUACCUACGGUAUUUUGCAUUACCCGGUAUGUCUUGUGGCUGGUCUGGAUUAUUACAUGACUAUAGCCCAAACCUCUCAAUUUUCUAAAAGAGGUCAAAGAUUACUUUAUGUAUUUGCUGUGCUUGUGAUAUGGAUUUCAGGGUUUUUUUGCAUUCUGAAAGUUCCCGCUAUCUACGAAGAACUAGAAAUUCAGAACCGUUUUUCUCCGUACCAGUGUCCUCUCUAUGCCAGCAUGCAGAGCUACUCGGUCUCGUGGGCCAUGGUGCUGCUCAUAGGCAUGGCUCUCCUGGCCUGUCGGAAGGAAGUUCUAACCAUGCUGCUGUCUGCCAGGGUAGUUUCCUUUGCCAGUCAGCCUGUUCUGGUGUUCUCCUACGUGUCCAACAGCGGCACUUGCUUUAAGUGGCAGCUCCUGACCAGACUCCUCAUCUGUUUUCUUGGCACCUGGACACCUUUUGUUCUUCUUCAAAUUAUCAUCUUGUUUCUCGGUGCUCGGAUUCCAGCCUACAUGGAGAUGAACGUCCCCUGGCUGUACUUCAUCAACAGCUUUCUCAUUGCCGUAGCGUACUGGUGUCGAUGUCACGAUGUUGAAUUGACAGAGGAGAUGUGGUCUACAGAUCCAUUUGUCAGCUGGAAAUUCUGCUUUGUGCCAUUUAACAAUGAAAACACAGAGCCAGCUGAUAAGCCAGGCACAGUAAUUGUAAUCUGUUAA